UCGAAAACUCAAAAAUGGAUAAUGACACGAAAAUUCCAUAAAAUCCCCUAUAUUUCUGGAAUGCAUACAGCUUAGCUACUUGUGUAAUUUCCCAGUUGUUCAAACCCUAAUUAAACGCAGCUGGUUUGGAGCACCUCUAAAAUGGAGGAAACUUCAACAACAAGCAACAGGGGGCAAAGAUUGAAAUCGGGCGAAAUAAAGAAGAAGCCAGCAGGCAGAGGACCUUACAAUCAGAAUUUUAGGGUUGAGAUUGCAAAUACACAUGAAAAUGAUGGAUAUGCGUGGAAGAAAUACGCGCAGAAGAAGAUUCUCCAUGCUAAAUUUCAAAGGUACUAUUAUAGAUGUGCACAUGAAGGAUGUGGAGCAUUGAGACAUGUUCAAAAACUGGAAGAUGGAUCGGAAAGGUUUCAUAUCACAUAUGCCGGGUCUCACACGUGCCAAAAUAGAAGAUGGCUUUUUGGUUCAGACAUGGAGAAAGAGGGCCUUACGGAAGGUAGGAAGAGUCAGCAGCCGGACUGGUCUUCAAAGAGAAGGAAGCUUGUUAAGGCAGCGUCGAAUGUAGUGGUGAAUAUUUCUAGUGAAAAUAGUCACGAGUCACCUGUUGAAAAAGACGAUUCUACUGUGCAGUCUAGUCAUGACACCUGCCCUCGCACAGGCAAUGUUGUGCUACAGAAGAGAUCCGCUAGAAGACGCAGAAAAAAGAUUGUUUAUUCAGAAUCGGGCGAGUCAUCCGACCGUCACUCAGGCAAUAUAGUGCCAAAGGCAUCUGUGCCAGCUGGCAAGAGAAGAUGCGCAAAAGAGAUUUCUUUUUUAGAAUCGGAUGAGUCUGAUCUCCAAGUCUUAGACCGGGUCAAGUGUCUUCCCGAGCUUGUCACUAGCUGGGAUGAAAGAAAAGCGAAUAAGGAGGCCCGUUUGCGUGAUAUGAUUGCUUGGUAUCGCGUGAGAUUGACUCAUCAGGCUGCAAAGAAUGCGAAGCUCGCAGAGAUUGUAAGAAAACUGAAGAAGACGGGGACUCUUGAGAAGGGACAAGAGGCGAUACAGAUGCUUGACAAGAACGCUAAGGUGGUUGAGGCGUUACAAAAGGAACUGGAGAAUGCUCGAGUUCAGAUUCAGAGUGUUGAGCAUGCAUAUGAAAAGCUGAAGCAGGAGCACGAGCGAGUUUCGUCUGAACGACAAUGGUUGAUCCAAGAAGGCUUCGAGUAUGUGAUAAACAGACUACACAGAAGUCAGGAAUACCUUGAACCGUUGGGGGCUGUGCAAACAAACUUAUGGGAGUCCGGGGCUCACUACGGACUUGUUCAAUGUUAUGAAAGUUGCAAAGACGGUGUGGCUUUGGAGGAUGCUUCCCUAUAUAAUCCGGGGGCCCAUGAGAAGUUUCUUAAGGCCGUGCAUGAGCUGGAACACACGCGAUUCCCAUACAUUGUAGAGCUGUCACAAUGUGGAGAGCGUUCGCUUGAUUGAUGACAUAAGAGCAUUGGAGCCCAUAGGGUUGGAAAAGGAUGGAGAUGAAGAUGCAGGUACUGCUGGUGGUAGUGGUGAUUAGUAGUUUGCAUACGGUUUUGUUUUAGGUCCAAGUGAGAUAGUGUAUAUCAUCAUAGGUCUGCUUUUGUUAUGCUACUUUUGACUUUUUAGGUCAAACAUUAAUUGCCAAUCUGUUAUGCACAAGAUAAUCUGAUGAAUUGUUAUUUAUAAA